UUCUUCAAGAACAUCUUCAGAGAUAGAGACUUUGGUGGACAAGAUGUCAAGGUUUCUCUUGAAAUUUCAUUCAUGGAAGCAGUCCAAGGGUGCACCAAAACAGUGACAUUCCAAACUGCUGUACCCUGUGGAGCUUGUGAUGGGACUGGUGUCCCUCCUGGAACAAAACCUGAAACAUGUAGGCCUUGCAGAGGCUCAGGAAUGAUUUUCAUGCAAAAUGGCCCCUUCAGGUUGCAGACAACCUGUUCUCACUGUGGAGGGUCUGGGAAAACUGUGAAGAACCUCUGCAAGUCGUGCAAGGGACAGAGAGUUGUGAGAGGAACAAAAUCAGUCAAGCUGGAUGUGAUGCCUGGAGUGGAUGACAAUGAAACUAUAAAAAUUUAUAGAAAUGGUGGAGCGGAUCCUGAGGGUGGUCAGCCUGGUGAUCUUUAUGUUACUAUCAAGGUUCGAGAGGACCCUGUUUUCCGAAGAGAAAAAGCUGAUAUCCAUGUAGAUGCUGUCCUAAAUGUCACUCAGGCAAUACUGGGAGGAACCAUUCAAGUCCCAACUCUCACGGGAGAUGUUGUUCUCAAGGUUCGGCCUGGUACACAACCUGGUCAGAAGGUCGCUUUGAGGGGGAAAGGGAUAAAGAUGAGGAACUCCUCCUAUUAUGGGGACCAAUAUGUUCAUUUUAAUGUCAGCAUCCCUGUGAAUUUGACACAGAGACAGCGCAUGCUAAUUGAGGAGUUUGCAAAAGAGGAGCAAGGAGAAUAUGAGAAGAAUGAUGCAGCUGCAGGAGCAUCAGGAUGAUCAUGCCACCAUCUGGUUAUUAAGCAUGAAGUAGACUGCCUGAAUUAGAAUUUUUUAUCGGAGAAAUAUAGGCCUUCUGUGGCAUAAGUUUUGUAUCAGAUGUAUUCUUUUAACCUCCAAUAACAUUAUAUCAUUUAACCUCCAAUAACAUUAUAUGAUACUUAAACGUGUUUAUCCCAUCCAAAGGAAAAAAAAAUAUAUUAUAUAGCUAAUUACAAGCAACAUUCCUGUAUGGAUCUGAGAUUUGUAGCAAAUGUGUUUAUCGGGUGGCCAAAUAAACAGACAAGGUUCUGGAU